GCAGAGCUACAGGAAGUGGUGGGUGAGGAGGAAGCUGAGGAUGCCGUCUCCCCCACAUCCUCUCUCACUGCUGAAUCUCCUCAAGCGGAAACACCAGAGUCUCCAGCGCCGCAGCAGAAGCAGCAGGAAGUGACGGCCCCCUCGGCAGCUCCCGGCAGCCUCCAGCACACCCUGGAGGAGAGAGUGGGCAUGUACAAGACGGCGUUACAGAAUGCUAAAAGUGCAGGGGAGACCUCCAAAGCCCGCAGAUACGAGCGCGGCCUGAAGACUCUGGAGACGAUGUUAGCUGCUGUUAAAAAAGGCAGACCUGUGGAUGAGGCGGGGAUUCCUCCUCCUGUGGCCACCGGAGCCCCGAGCGCCGCCUCUCGUCCUGCUGUUCCCCCUCGACCUGCUCCUCCCGCACCCUCACCUCCUGAGUCCGCUCCUUCAGAUCAGCAGGAGGAAUCAGAGGCCCCGCCUCCUCCUGUCGUACCGGAGAUCAUCACCCCCGGCAGCGAAGAGGAGCAGUCGUCGUCCUCCGCCGCGCUCACUCUGAGCACCGUCCCAUCACCAGAGGAGCCUGCAGACCAGCCUCGCCCCAGUCCAGGUGGUCUGUGUGAUUUGGAUUAUACAAAGUUGCAUUAGUUUUAAUAUUGGGUAUUGUAAGUAAGUGUUUGACAUACAAACAAAAACAUGUUUUUGAGGCGAUUUCCAUGUGAUCUUUAGUACUUUAGUAGUUCCUUGGCCACAAUGUGUCUGAAUUUAAAAAUGGGCCUCUCAGAUGUGUAACCGUGUCAUUCGGAUUCCCAAGUGGAGUUAUUUUUACUGCAUUUACAAAGACUAAAACAGAGUAUCAUGAGGUGGUCAA